AUGCGCUGCGGCGACCGGGUCUUCGGCCUGGCGGCGGGCAGCUUGCGGCACGGGCCCUCAGCGCUCUGCCCCUUUCUGUCGUACAUUGAUGCAAGUGGCAGUUUGGCAGCUUUGAUCCCACAGGGCCAAAGCUACGCCAGCAUGGCUUCGCUGCCCACAGUCGCCCUGCUUCGCGGCCUGCGUUUCGUGUGCGCUUUUCUUCCGACCGUCUCAGCUGCGCUGGAGCUGGGCCGCGUUUUGCCUGGCGACUUUGUGGCGGUCCAGGCGGGCGCAGGAAUCGAGUUGAGCCCUUGUGCACGGGCUUGUUGCCAGAUGAAUUCCUCUUCGCCUGACAUCCUAACCAUCCUGAACUGUCUGGAAGGCGGCACGGGCGCUCUCUGCCUGGCGGCGAUGCGGCGCCGGGGCGCGGCCAUGUUGGCCACGGCGGGCAGUGCCAAGAAGCAGUGCUUCCUGCGCUUGCGGCGCGGCAUCUCGCGCGUGACCAGCUCCCGCUCUGGCGACGUGCAGCUUUCCACGCAAUUGAAUCGGCGCAGGGGAGGAGUGGAUGAGAGGUUUGUGCGGGAUUUCCUUGCUUUCCUCCCGGAGCACUGCCUGGGGGCGGACUUCCUCCUCAACUCUUUGACGCACGACGACUUCAUCCCGAGGGGUUUGUCUGUGCUGGCUCCCGGUGGCCGCUUCGUGGAGCUUGGGAAGUUGCGAGUCUGGUCAGCGCAAUCUGUGCAGCAUUUCCGCAGGGAUGUGAUCCAUGCCACCAUGCUCCUGGAUGCAAGGGUCGCUGGGGCGGCGCCCAGCCUGGCGAAAGAGCUGCGUGCCAUCGCUGCGGCAGUCCAGGCCAUUCACCCAAGUAUCUUCCAUGAAAAAACCCUCGCGGGAGUACUCUGCCCUGCUGAGGCAUUUCAACUUCUGCAGAGUGCCAGGCAAGUGGGUAAGGCCCGGGUGCAACGCAUGCUGCGAAGUCAUUGUGCACGAUGCCUGUGUCUUGAGAGGUGGUCUUAG